ACUUCGGUCGUUUCCGGCCUCUGUCGCCCAUCUGCUUUCUCGUCCUUCUCCAAUCUCCGUUGUUGUUGUUCCCGGUGACGCGGCGGAGGUGUAGCCUGACGCGGGCUCUUACGUGUCGGCCAGAAUAAAAGUGGAGCUCCGGAGGCCCGGGGAGUGACGGAGGGAGUCUGUAUCGCUCUGCCGAUGAAGAUGGAGUCUGUGGAGGUUCAGCAGGUGGAGACUGCUGUGACUGAGACAGAGACCCAGCACAUCACUCAGGCACAGAUCGCUACUUUGGCACAGGUAACCAUGACAGCAGGCCACGCCACAGCAACAGGUCCCACGGUAACGUUUGUACAGCUUCCCAACGGACAGACGGUUCAGGUCCACGGCGUGAUCCAGGCUGCACAGCCGUCUGUUAUCCAGUCCCCACAGAUCCAGACUGUACAGAUCUCCACUAUCGCAGAAAGUGAGGAUUCACAGGAGUCGGUAGACAGCGUCACCGACUCUCAGAAGCGCAGAGAGAUUCUGUCACGACGCCCCUCAUACAGGAAAAUCCUGAACGACCUUUCGUCCGACGCACCGGCUGUCCCUCGUAUCGAGGAGGAGAGGGCUGAGGAGGAUUCAUGUGUUGCUGUCGCCACCACACCUUCAAUCACCACGGUUACUAUGCCCACACCCAUCUACCAGACGAGCAGUGGCCAAUACAUUGCCAUCACACAGGGUGGAGCCAUUCAGCUGGCUAAUAACGGUACAGACGGAGUCCAGGGCAUCCAGACUCUGACCAUGACCAACGCAGGAGCCGCCCAGUCCGGUGCCACCAUCCUCCAGUACGCACAGACCAGUGACGGCCAGCAGAUACUGGUUCCCAGUAACCAGGUGGUGGUCCAAGCUGCCUCCGGUGACGUCCAGGCCUAUCAGAUCCGAGCAGCCCCCGCCAGCACCAUCGCCCCUGGGGUGGUCAUGGCCUCAUCCCCCGCCCUCCCCACCGGGGGCGCUACCGAGGUGGUCACCCGCAAACGGGAAGUCCGCCUCAUGAAGAACAGAGAGGCAGCCCGUGAAUGUCGCAGGAAGAAAAAGGAGUAUGUCAAGUGUCUGGAGAACCGAGUGGCCGUCCUGGAGAACCAAAACAAGACACUUAUUGAAGAACUGAAAGCACUUAAAGACCUUUACUGCCAUAAAUCUGAGUAGUUCCUGUCCCGAACACAGAGCUGGGCCAAGUAGCAUUUGAGUUCUCUUCAAAUACUUUGACUGUUUGGUACUGCCUGCCCGGCCUUCCAGUUUGCACACGGCUGGCUAAUUCAGUCCUGCUUAUACUACCUACCUUCUCUUUAGUAGGCUGUCAAUAAUAAUGAAUUUAAAACACACACAAUCUUCCCAGUGUCAGUACACUAAAACAGCAGCUACAGUCCUGUGUGACAUCACGAAAACGGUUAACACGUUUUUGCGCACACACCUUGUGUGUGUUCUAUGUGAGCCCGCCCUGCGUCUUAUUGUCGUAGAUUCAGCUAGUACUCCUAUAAGUUAGUUUAACACUGCUCAUCACGGUCAUUGUAGAGACACUUAAAAGGAAAUUGUUAGACAACAGAGUCCAACGAGGCCGAGGAGAUACUGCAAUUGUUAAACUAUGUUUAAUAUGAUGUGUGAUUUUACGCCAAAUAUUCAGUCACUUUACAGUCACGGUGGUGAGUUCAGUGUUAAACAGUCUACUGGCCAGAACUAUGACAACAAGACCCAGCUUGUAAAAAAUAACAAUGAUGUGAAGACUAUUGUAUACAUUGAAAGUACUGUAUGUUCAGAACAUACAACAAUUUCUGUAUGAGGCGAGCUCAAUCAGUUGCAGUUAAAGGAUUUGAAUGAAUUGUGAAUCUCUACUUGAUCCACAUCCUGAUGUGAACUCUACAACUAAUUGGGCACAAACAAGUCAUUUUUUUGUAAGUGUUUUUAAAAAUGCUACCAACUGCCGAUCUUUUAGGAAUUUGAGCUGUGUGUGUCAGCAGACAAAAGGGGACGGACUAGUAGUGCGUUGUCCCACUUUUCAACUCACUCAUGCUUCUCUGCUCCCCCUCAACAGACGGUUGUAGGAGACACUAUUAAAAUGAGAUCAUUAACAAGCUGAGACAAAGUUUUAAAGAAAGAUUGUUGUUUUUACAACUUGGGGUCACAUUUUUAUAGUUACAUUUCUCUUAGUUAUGCAAGCAUUUUACUCACUAGCUUAAGUCCAGAAGGGCAGCAACACAAGGGGCCAUUUUAUUAAAUGAUUUGAAAGUGAAAUAAGUCUGAAUGUUAGCAGGUGCAUACUUGUAUUAUGGGGUUUCUACUAGAACAUGUUUACAUGCUUUAAUGUAACCCCCCCCCCCUUGAAAAGGCCACUCUGCUGUGAUUGGUCAACCGAACCAAACUUUUCACACUCUGCUCCCGCUUCGCUCGAACUACCUUUGUUUUAGGCUGCAUUAUGCAAAUGUUUUACUUGGUGACAUCACCACAUUAUGGAAGAAAAGGCGGGACUUCAAGCAAGGCGUUUCAGGCCGUUCGGGAGCAGUGUUUCUGUGGGGGAGAGGAACUCCUUUUUGAGUGGACUUUGGGCUCUGUAACUUUGCAGACCUUUUACAUGCACAAAAAACGAUAUAACACACUAAAGGAAAAAGAAAAAGUAUAACAAGUCCCUCUUUAAAGUUAUUACACAACCUGGUUGCUUUGACUGACAGUACUUACUCCAGUUCUGCACAUAAGUAAUUUUUCAAAGCAAAGCACAAUUUUAAUGGACAUUCAGGUGUGUUCGUGGUUUAGAAUAUAGAUUAGGGGUUUGUAUAUAACUCUCAGCUCCUAUGGCUUGCUGUGUCCCCAGAUAAAACUGGGUGAGUAAAAUGUUGUCUUUUAAAAGAUUAGAGUGAUGGCUAAAAAGUUAAAUGAAUAAAUAAUAUCCAGAUAAUAACACACAUUUAUUAAUUCAAACACCAGAGACAUAAAUGUUUACCAAACCCAACUAACGAUCAUCUCAUUGUGCCACAGUAAACUGUCAGUUUGUCGUCAAAAAAAAAAAAGGACCACGAUGAUCAAAGUUAUCAUUUUGUCCGUGACAUUUCAUAUUUCAGUGUUUUACACUAUCAUAUCUGUUUUGCAACGCCUGUUAAAUGGCGGUACAAUAUGGAUUUUGACAAACGUGAGAUUGCAGAGCCAUUUUUUAAAGUGUGUAGCAGAUUCUUUGUGAAAUCUACAGAAGAUAUAGGCUUCAAUUACAUGAGUUCAACACUAAUAAUCCAGAAAAAAUGCGUUCCGUUGAAAAGAGAUCACUUUUGUGGGACCGUGUGGUUUUUGAGAAGAUACAUGUACGUAUUUGUCUGUUUAUUUUUUUAAUAUAACUGUACAUAGACUCUACAGCAUGUGUAGACCUCAUGUAUUUAUGUUUAUUUGAUAUGGAAAAUGUUCUUAUGGCUUGUAUGAAAGCAACUUUGCAUAUUUGUAACAUGCAUCGAUGUAUAAUAGAAGACAAUGUUGUGUGUGUAUUCAUGUAAUCCACCAGGCCUAUCACCGUCAUGGCAGCUAAGUGUAUAUGAGAAAAGGCCUUUGUGGGAGAUGUUAUAUUUUGAGUGCUGCACUCCGUUUAGGAUCGGCAGUGCUUGUUUGUAGAGAAGAGUGAGUCUGUUGAGAGCCGUCAGGGUCCACAGCAUAUAUCCAUUUCAUGAUUAUCUGUUUUGUUUAUUGCACAGCAGAACCUUUGGUGGCUUCAGUCUCAUCCACACAUGGUUAUGUUCUUAACUGUAAAUGUAUUUUUAUCCCAGCAGAAAUGGCUCCAUCGGUAACCAUUUUUUAUAUCUUCCAAUUCAUCAAAUGAAAGCACAAUUUUCCCUCCACUGGAGCCCUUUUUUAAUGUUUAUUUUAUUGCACUUAUUUUACUACAUAGUUACAUAUAAUUUUAGAUACAAGAUACUGUACAUGUCAGUUAGUUAAUCAACCCAAGUUUUUGCUCAUUUCAACUGGAAACUAAACUGAAUCCAUAUUUAACAGUUUUGAGUAUAAGGUGCCCAAAGAUCUUAUUUUGUUAUUGAUUUUUUUCCCCCCUCCAGCUCACUGUUGAUGUUUGAAACUUGGCAUACCCGUAGAGUUGGAGUUAUAUCCUGGUAGUUUCUAUUUCUGAAUAGCAUCAAAGUUCAUUUUGACCUAAAACAACUUAACUCAAGAUCCACUUGAUAGUUUUUUCCAAAGCUUUCAAAUGCAUCCCACAGGCUUCGUCAGCAGAUGGAGUUCACUCAGUUACGUCAUUAUGUGACCAAGUAUGGAACUGAUAAUAAUUUGUGGGCGUGAGAUAAUAACCCCCGCCUCUAUCCAAAGAUACUCUUUGGUAUGUUUGGUUGAAAGCUCAGAAAAGCUAGUAAGUAGGUAAAUUUACUUUACUACAAAGUUUCAAAACCUCAAUCGUGGGCUGAGAGGGAAUUUGGGAGCACUUAUGCUCACUCUAACAAUUAGAGUGCGUUCCUUAAAAUAUGUUUUUGUUUCCUUUCAUAUUACUUUUAAAAAGAUCAUCAGGUCAUGGUAGCUCUGUCAGUUUUAUUUUUGUAGUUUAAAGCAUUUUGAUAUUGUACAUUAUGUAUUUGUAAUGUUUAGAGGAUUAAAGGGUUGAAUCAGCUAAAGAAAACACAGCAGCACCUUCAGAAGGCCUUGAAUGAAUCACCUUGUGUUGGUCCACAUUAGCAUGUACUGUAACUGUACGUAUUGUCCCUGUUUUGCUCUCCUCCUACCUGUCACAGUGUGGUUUUUAGAGAAAUUUAAUGCAGAAGCAAUCAAACCCCCACUGACAAACCACUGGUUUGAUUCCGGUGCCAUUAUGAUACAUAAGUUACUGAGAUGAAAACUUAUGUAAGUGUAUUCUGACAAAAAAAAGAAUCAUUUCCACCUAUUGUAAUUCACAUCCAGUGCUGGUGCUGAACAAAAACCUAGUAAUAAUCUUUUUUUUCUGUUGAUUUAAUAUAGUGAGCUCAACUUUGUCAUGUGAUUUCACAAUAUGUUUCCAAAAAAAACAACAAAAGUGUUUUCAUUUCUGUGCCAGAAUGAUUUAUACCCACGGGCCUCACUUGUGCAUGAAACAGAUUGAUAUCCAUAUAUGUGUAAAAGUAUAUAGAGAGAAUUUCUAGAACAGUAAUAAUAACGUUUUCUAACUUUUAAUGUAAUCAGUUUAUAUAUUACCACUUUUACAAGUUAUCAAUUUAAAAUGCCAUGUAUUGUAUAGUAUCUUGUCGAGACAAGGUCACCAAAUGAUGCAUUAUAUACCGGUUGUUUCAACAUUGUCACAUUAUCAAACUAUACCAGCCCGUUAUUGGAAAGUACUGUUACUCUGACAUUACAUCACUCUUUUGUAAACACUUGCUAUGUUGCAAUAAACUGCUCUUGAAGAUU